GGCCUGGGGGUCUUCUAGAGGGUUGGACCUCCUCGCCACCAUGAAAGGGUUGGGGACCAACCGUAACAGACACCUGUCUGACUCCUGUGAACCUUCCUCAGGCCAUCCAGAGGCCCUCUACAAUCAGAGGACCAGCACCCUGCCACGCAGCCCUUAUCUACUGAGCCCCACGAUGGACCACUAUGGCACCAUGGACCCCCAGCUCUAUCAAUCAGCCAACCCAGGCUCCCUUCCACCAGACUGCAUGCUGCCCCUCAACAACCAGCUGUCCAACAGCAGCACCUUCCCCAGGAUUCACUACAACUCCUACGACCAGUCUGACUUCUCUCCACCAGGGGACAGCAUUGGGGGGAUAAGCACAGGGACCAUGGGCACAUCCAUGUCCUUGGGCAUGGGAACCAGCGUGGGCAUGGGCAUGAGCAUGGGCAUGGCAGGGCUGAGCGGACGAACACCAAUGAUUACGAGCGGCUCAGCAACUAUAUCACAUCAUAUGACCAAAAACCAGGCACCACCCAGUCUACUGGAGUUUGAUAAACAGCUGCCUGCAGGCUGUGACGGAUUCAGCACGUUGCAGUUUCAUCGAACGACUGCCGUCGCUGCUGCUAAGCAGCGCACAGACAGUCCUGGUCGCAUCCGUUACAUGUUGCACUCAGUGCAGAAGCUCUUUGCAAAGUCCCAGUCACUGGAGAGCCAUAACAUGAAAGGAAACAUCAACGGGCGCUCCACUGGCAGCGGUGGAGGCUCGUCUGGCACCGAAGACGGAGGGAAGCAGAAUCGCAGAUCCAAAAGUAAAGAUCGAGGUACAAAAUCAGAGGCAACUGCCAAGCGACGACCACGCUCCAACAUGUCAGGUUAUUGGAGCUCAGACGAUUUGGACAGCAGCGAUUUGAGCAGUUACCACAACACCAUGGCCAUGAUGACCCUGGGGCGUCCGACUGGCCACGACAGCCAGGGGGGCCAGAGCAGAUACAUCCACAGUGGCUACAACACUAUCAGCUCCUCCAAAAGCAGCAAUGACAUGAAGUAUCAGGCACUUCCUGUGCCUGGGGGCGGGGGAGGUGGCGGACUAGGUGGAACAGGAAGAAUGCUGAUAAAUGAUAAUGACUAUAUGAAAGGAGGGUCCUGGUCCACACUGACCAUGGGCCAGCCAAGACAGGUGAUCCAGAAGGGCUCAGCUACUCUGGACAGGUCUAUGCUCAAGUCCAAAUCCUGCCAACAGGAGCUAACCUGCAACUACCUGCAGGUUGGACGAAGGGGGGAUUGGAGUAGUACGUUAGGCCGCACUGGGGGUGCCAAUGAAAUCCCAUGUCGGCGGAUGCGCAGUGGUAGCUAUGUGAAGGCCAUGGGAGACAUGGAAGACAGCGAUGACUCGGAGGGAAGCCCCAAACCCUCGCCAAAAACCGCCGCUCGUCGCCAGAGCUAUCUCAGGGCUACGCAGCAGUCUCUGAGCGACCAGCUCCCCCCACGCAACUGUCUUCCGUCUCUCCGAGAGCUCUCCAAUAAUCGCAGCCUGGACAACCUAGACUGCAUUGGGGGUACAGGCUCGUCUUUACCACACUGGGAUGAUGAUGACUUCAGCCAGGCCUGCAGCACCUUGGGCAGACGUAGCUGCAUGGGGCAGGUCAGUGCUUGCUUGGACAGGACAGACAGGAAUUGCGUUACACGUCUACGGGACCUGGAAUUGAGUCAUCAUUAUGAGGACCGCAGCUCCGAGUCCACAUUCAGAGAUUCCCGUUCCCACUCUCAGGACAACUCAGAGCCUCCAGACUUACCCAUGCCAACAUGCUUCCGAUCACGCAGCCACAGCUACCUGAGAGCCAUCCAGGCUGGCUGUUCCCAAGAUGACGACACAGCAUCCAUGGACUCGGGCUGCUCACCACCUCUGACUGACACCACUGUUCGCACCUACAGCACCAGCACUGUCUCUACAUGCAUAACCACCUGUAAGAAGGCUGCUCCUCCACCAGUGCCACCUCGGACAACCUCCAAGCCCUACAUUUCUGUGACAGUACAGAGCAGCACAGAGUCAGCCCAGGACAACUACCUGGACCAGCAGGACCGGAGGUCAGAGGUCAACAGCCAGUCAAGCCACGCUCACAGCAACUCCUCUGACAGCCUUGACAGCACCCGUGCCAACAGCCUGGCCCGGGGCAUUCCCCGCCCACCGCACAUCAUCCCCACUCCCAUCGCCACCCCGAGAGAGCCAAUCGCCCCCACCACCUCUAAUGCUUCCACUGAGACAAGUGACUCAGUCAUCCAGCAUGAAUCCCUGAAAUCAGGAUUAAAUAAAGGCAAUCUAGUGGCUGAGGAGCCCCUAGUGGCACCAGUACCCAGACGGAAACUGUCCUCCAUUGGCAUACAGGUUGACUGUAUUCAGGAAGUCCCACGAGAGGAGACCCCGCCAUUGGCCAAAUUUCAGUCAAUCGGAGUACAGGUGGAGGACGGGUGGCAGCUCAGUGGCUCCAGUAACAUGGCCUCAAAACAAGAAACAGACUCAGACACACACGGCAUCCCUUUCAUCACCCAUGUCAAUAAUGUCAAACACUCUGAGAAGAAAGUCAUGGUCAAUAGUGCCAGCCAAUCCAUGAGCUCCCCUCCUGGACAGCACUCUUUAGACAACGGAGACACUGCUGGUGAUAUCUCCUCACCUCCACCUCCCAGGCAGAUCCUCAACCGCUCCACCACACGAAGUAGCUCUUCCUCUUUCUCAGAAAGUCUGGACCCAGCGUUGGACCCCUCAUCUCUACCACCUCCAGACCCUUGGCUGGAGAGUGGGAAUGGGAGUAACAGCAGUGUUCCCCAGAGCGGAGGAGGGGGAACGCUGUGUCGGAGAGACGGCCACUGGUUCCUGAAGCUGCUGCAGGCCGAGACAGGACGUAUGGAAGGCUGGUGCCACCAGAUGGAGCAGGAGACCAAAGACAACCAGCUCUCAGAGGAGGUGCUGGGGAAGGUUCGCAGUGCAGUAGGAAGUGCCCAGCUCCUCAUUUCCCAGAAGUUCCAGCAGUUCCGGGGACUGUGUGAACAGAACUUGAAUGUGAAUGCCAACCCACGGCCCACAGCCCAGGACCUGGCUGGUUUCUGGGACCUGCUACAACUCUCCAUCGAGGACAUCAGCCUCAAGUUCGAUGAGCUCUACCAUCUCAAGUCCAAUGACUGGCAGUCCGUGCCAUCUGCGGCUGCCCAGUCGCCCCCUGAGCGGAAGGACGAGGAGAAGGCCACCCCUCCGGCGUCAAAGAAGCCCGGUAAGGGACGACCGUUGCUGGGCCGCGAGAAGAGUGCCGACUCCUCGUCCACCUCCUCUUCGGCUUCGGCAGAGAAGCAGAGACAAGAGGCUCGCAAGCGUCUGCUGGCUGCUAAAAAGGCUGCCUCAUUUCGCCAGAACUCCGCCACAGAGAGCGCAGACAGCAUCGAAAUCUAUGUCCCAGAGGCCCAAACUCGCCUCUGAGAGAGACAGUGAGAGGAAAGGAUGUAGGGUCGGAUCAAAGGACAGAUAAGUGUCUCUGAUACCUGGAAGAAGGAGAGGAAAACUUUUGCGAUGCAAAUGAGCUACUCUGAGUAA